AAAAGACUAAAAUUCACAUAAUCCAAAACCGUACAGUCCUAUUGGACCACGUCGGUUAAGAGAAAAUUCAAUUCAGCCCCCCGGUGCACGCUAGCACAGUAGCAAACCAUUUUGGCAAUCUCCUCCUCCAAAAACGUCAUUUUUGUGUGUAAAAUUCCAUUUCUCUCUCUGCAGUAAGAGGAAAAAGAAGCUACAUAGUAACAUCUUUUUUGUUCGGCAACUGUUGAACUGGAUAAACAAUUUUAGUAAUACUAAUAAAGCCACUGUAUUGUGUUAUUUAUUUAUUAUUAUUACUAUAUUCUUCUGUUUCUUGAGUUUCUCACCGAGUUUCCCGGUAAGAUUGUUUUCUGUUUGUUUUCGUUCAUUUUGUUGAUUGCAGCCUCGAUAUAAGUGAAGCUGUGAGUUGGAAGCUUCUUUUCUAUAGGUGUAUACUUGCUUGGUUAGUAUAGUAUAUUUGAGGAUCACUUGGGUAAAAAAAUUUGUUGGAACAAUUUGAGCUCUGUGGCAUUUUUAUUUUCUACUUGGGAACCAGCCAUGACUUGUACCGGUUCAAUCCAAUUGUCUCAAGAAUUGAAGAUUUACACUAGUCGUGGAUGUGGUAGCCAACAGAAUACUGUUUUGGGAAAAGGAAAGAGCAGACUAUUUUUGGCUAAUGUCACCCUUUCCUCACAUGGUUUGCGACAGGAUGCUUGGACUCUUCAUUUUCUAAGCAGCAUGCAUCAGCCAAUAAGACCUGCACCUUCUAGAUGCAAUGUUUUGGUGUGCCAAUCUCUUCUGACAUCCCAGGGAGGAACAGAGAUUCCCCUUGUGAAAUCUGCAGCUGUGGUCUUGACGAGGUCGUACAAUGCCCUAUCUGGAAGUCCUCUUGUGCUUAAAUUGAUACCAGCAAUCAGUAUCAUUGCUUUUGCUUCAUGGGGUCUAGGUCCACUCUUGCGUCUGGGCAGAAUUAUUUUUCUCCAUGGAUCUGAUAACAAUUGGAAGAAAAGUAGUACACAUUAUGUUUUGACGUCUUAUCUUCAACCUUUGUUGCUAUGGACUGGAGCAAUACUCGUCUGCAGAGCAUUAGAUCCUGUAGUUCUGCAGUCAGAAGCAAACCAAGCUGUGAAGCAACGACUACUGAAUUUUGUGCGCUCAUUAUCAACUGUGAUGGCAUUUGCUUACUGUUUAUCAAGCUUGAUUCAACAGGCACAAAAGUUUUUUACAGAAAUGAAUGACUCCAGUGAUGCAAGAAAUAUGGGCUUUAGUUUUGCUGGAAAAGCUGUUUAUAGUGCAGUUUGGAUUGCUGCUGUAUCAUUGUUUAUGGAAUUGCUGGGUUUCUCUACCCAAAAGUGGCUUACUGCUGGGGGUCUUGGUACAGUAUUGAUCACCCUUGCUGGACGCGAGAUACUUACAAAUUUUCUUUCAAGUGUGAUGAUCCAUGCAACACGGCCCUUUGUUGUGAAUGAAUGGAUUCAAACAAAGAUUGAAGGCUAUGAAGUUUCUGGCACUGUUGAGCAUGUGGGUUGGUGGUCACCAACAGUCAUAAGAGGCGAUGAUCGUGAAGCCGUUCACAUUCCAAACCAUAAAUUUACUGUGAAUGUUGUGAGAAAUCUUAGCCAGAAGACUCAUUGGCGCAUUAAGACCCACCUUGCCAUCAGUCACUUGGAUGUUAACAAAGUUAAUAACAUUGUUGCUGAUAUGCGCAAAGUUUUGGCAAAAAAUCCUCAAGUAGAGCAGCAAAGGUUGCACAGAAGAGUUUUCUUGGAUAAUAUUAACCCUGAGAAUCAGGCUCUUAUGAUCUUGGUGUCAUGCUUUGUGAAAACCUCACAUUUUGAAGAGUACCUCUGUGUAAAGGAAGCAGUACUCUUGGAUCUUCUUAGAGUCUUAAGCCACCAUCGGGCCCGGCUCGCCACACCUAUUCGUACUGUUCAGAAAAUAUACAAUGAGGCUGAUUUGGAUAAUGUACCAUUUGCCGACACAAUUUUUGCUCGUUCAAGAGCAGCAACUAACCGCCCAUUAUUACUGAUUGAACCCUCUUAUAAAAUCAAUGGCGACGAUAAAACUAAAGCUUCAACACAGUCAGUAAGUACUAAUGAGGAAAAGGAUGGUAAUGUUGAAGCUGCCUCAACAUUAGCAGAUGCCAAGGCAGGAUCAAGUCCAAUUGUUGAGUUAAAAAGAGACAAGGUUGCAGCAACAACUAUAUCUGACUCCAGCAUUACUCCUGAGGGUUCAGCAACCACGGCAUCUGAUUCCCAACUUGGCAAAUCAGAGCAUGAGAUUUCAGUGCCAAAAAAUGCUGAAACACAGGAACCUAGUGGAAGCAUGGAAGGUUCAAGGAAUGAGAAAAUGGGGCUAAAUUCUGAAGACCUAACCCUAGGAAGGUCAACAUCUGAAGAAUAUUCAGCCAUUUCACAGGCUCAAGAGGCUGUAGAGAGGUCUGUCACACCACCACCAGUAUCCAGGCCUCCCUUGGAGGAGAACAUCGUCCUUGGUGUUGCUCUAGAGGGCUCAAAGAGAACACUUCCAAUUGAAGAUGAAAUGGACCCAUCGCCUUUCUCCUCUGAGUCUAAGGAAUUGGCUGCCAGCAGGAAUGGAGGAGGGUCCCUUACUGCUGGGAAGGAUAAGAAAGAUAGUCAGAUGCCAACAGUUCCAAGUGCCUCACAAGUUGAUUAAUGGUUAAAAAAAGAAUUCUUGGUGAAGUUGUAUAUGACUCUUGACCACUGGGAUUGUGCAGGAAGGCGGGAGCUGUGUUUUUAAAGCUGCCGUUAUGCUGUUCAUAUGUUCUCACGAAAUUGCCCUUUGUAAAUAAUUAUUGUUACAGGCUAAUCUGAAAAAUGAAAAGUAGUUGACAAGGCAAGUAAGCCUAUUUAGUUACAGCUUUAA